CUCGGUAAGCCACAACGUGGUUGUAUCAGUUCUGCCAGGGCUGCUGAGAGUUUCACAAACUCCUCUACCAAAGGCAUUGCAGAAAUCUGACAUCAGCAACCAGAUAGAUACCAAUGGAUUAUUUUGAUAAUGAUGACCUCAACAACUUUUUCACUGAAUCCAAUUACACGGGAUACGAAGGACAAGUCGUAACCGGAGAGGUUGCUUUAUGCAAGAAAAGCGAUGUGCUCCAGUUCGGAGCAGCAUUUCUCCCAGCCUUCUACUACACUAACUUCUUGCUGAGCUUGGUUGGAAAUGGACUGGUGCUGUGCAUCAUCUACAAAUAUGAGAAGCUCAGCACGGUUACCAACAUAUUCUUGCUCAACCUCGUCAUUUCAGACCUCAUCUUCGCCUCUAGCCUCCCUUUCUGGGCAGUCUACCACAAAUCUGAAUGGAUCUUUGGCAGAGGCCUUUGCAAGUUGGUGGGAAGCUGUUAUUCCAUCGGCUUCAACAGCUCCAUCCUCUUCCUCACCCUCAUGACCUUUGACCGCUACCUUGCGGUGGUCCACGCCAUCUCUGCAGCCCAGAGCAGAAGGACGGCGUACGCGUUUGCGUCAUCCGCCGUUAUCUGGGUGCUCAGUAUUUUGGCUAGUAUAAAGGAUAUAGUUUUUCACGAUGUGAUGAACGGUGGAGACGGUUUGCUGUGCGAAAUGACUGGUUACCACCAGAUUUUCCUCACAAAAUGGGAGCUGAUUGGUUAUUAUCAGCAGUUUUUCCUCUUCUUCUUGGUGCCUCUGGUUAUCGUCCUGUACUGCUACAUCUGCAUAACCAUCAGGAUCAUGUCCACUCGCAUGACGGAGAAGUGCAGGGCGGUCAAACUCAUCUUUAUCAUCGUCUUUACCUUCUUCAUCUGCUGGACGCCUUACAACGUGGUCAUCCUGUUGAAAGCCAUCAAGAUGUCCUUUGGAGAGCAGAACAAUUGCUCAAACGCCCUCGACUAUGCGCUGUACGUCACACGAAACUUUGCCUACCUGUACUGCUGCAUCAGCCCUGUCUUCUACACUUUUUUGGGGAAGAAGUUUCAAAACCAUUUUCUGAAGCUUUUGUCCAAGCGUAUACCGUGUCUGAAGAUCGAUGUUGCCAUGCUGUCAACAACCAGUAAAACCACAUCAAUCAGGAGCCCAAACACUGACUACUGAGCAUUUAUGGGACUAACAAGACUGGUUUGUAUGUGUGAAAUGCAAUUGUUGAGAAAUGUAUUGUUAGCAGGACAGAAGUAUGAGCACCAAGAUAAAAGAAAAACUAAGAAUCCAAAAUGUAAUGUUCAGUAAUUUUUCAUUCAAUGCAUAUUAAUGACGAGUAUAUGUCU